AUGAAGUGCUUGAAGGAUCGAGGGAUCUGCAAAGAAGCCGAAAAGAUACAAGCAAAUGAAGUCGAAGCUAGAAUAGAGGAAAUGUUGAGAGGUGAAUGGACUGUAACUGAAUACAGGCCAGAAGAAUCAAUUGUUAAUCACAAUGACAACCUCAUAGCCGAAGCAUCAAUAAGAAUCUCGGAAACUAGAGAAGGAGCAAUCUCCAAUCAUGGAGAUGGCAGCACGAAAACCUCAUCGAGUACUUUUGGCAUCAACCGCAAUCCGAUAAAUGCAUUGUUGAAUCCAACGGCGCCCACACAGAGCCAGCAGUUGUCGUCAGUCGGAAGUUCCUCAGUUGUGAUUAGUAGUGGAGCGGGGCUUAGUAGUUCUGGACAGGAUUUUAUCGCCGGUGAACAUGCUGAAUUUGGAAGCAGAGGGGAGAAGAGAGGUCUAGAGUCCCAACUAGGCGGAUCGUCCGCCUAG